AGAUUUGAACUUUGAAUGCAGAGUCAGGGCAGCAGGCAGCAGCUGAGAGAGCAGCAGUGUGAGCACGGAGCGGGGGGAAAGUGUUCAGCUGUCUGUCAGCUUUAUACCGCUGCACUCAGGGCUUGUUGUGACCCGGUCUCUGCUCACGGUUCAAGGAUACACCAUGUCGUUCAUUCUCACGAAGAAAAAGAGGUUUAAAUUCAAAGUGGACUUCGACCUGGAGGAGUUGUCCUCGGUUCCCUUCGUAAACGGAGUCUUAUUCUGCAAAGUUAGACUCCUAGAUGGAGGCUUUGCUGAAGAGUCGUCUCGGGAGUCAGUCCAAGCCAACUGUGUGCACUGGAAGAAGAGAUUCUCCUUCAUGUGUAAGAUGAGUGCCAGUGCUGGGACAGGUGUACUAGACCCCUGUUUGUGCCGGGUGUCUGUCCGCAAGGAAUUGAAGGGUGGAAAAACGUUUGCAAAGCUGGGCUUUGCUGAUUUGAACCUGUCUGAGUUUGCUGGAUCUGGCAGCACUACACGGCGGUGUCUCCUAGAGGGAUAUGACACCAAGAACACCAGACAAGACAACUCAAUUCUGAAGGUUGUCAUCACCACACAGCUUAUGUCCGGAGACCCCUGUUUUAAAACUCCUCCAUCUACAGCUAUGACUCUGGGAAUCCCACAGGCUGUAGCAGAGUGUCUCCUUGAGGACAGAAAGGGAGGGGACAUGCACAUAUCCCAUUCCCUCACUGAGACUCAUGGAAAGUCAGUAUCCGUUCCAGAGGAGCUGGUAGCUUAUGGUCACUCUAGAACACCCAGCCAUGCAAGUCAGCAGUCAAAAAUCUCAGGUUACAGCUCUAAUCACUCCAGUUUAACAGAUCUGAGCCAUCGGCGAAGCGCGUCAGGAGGUUCUGCCUCCACAGGCAUCGGCAGCAUCCUGGAAACCAAUGAUCACCAGGGGGAGAGAGGAGAAAGGGAGAGCAGGACCACUCCCCCAGUCUAUGCAACCUGUCACCAUGCACCCGAACACCCCUCUACCCCUGCUAAAGUUCCAAAACAUUUAGUGAAGCAGAACUCAAUGGAGAAUCAGCUGAAGAGAGUUGAUGCCACCAGGGUGGAUGCUGAUGACAUAAUAGAGAAAAUCCUGCAGAGCCAGGAUUUUAGUCAUGGCUUCUUGGACUCCAGUGCAGAGGAGGAGGGGCUCAGCUUGUUUGUUGGUCCUGGUGGGAGUACAGCCUUAGGAAGCCAGCACACGAGGGUGGCAGCUGGAGCCUUUGAGCAGGUGGUGAUCAAGCGCUAGGCUUUGGGAAGCAUGUGGCUGUCAUGAAGGGUGCCGUAUUACACUGAUGCGGGGGACAUAAGACUGAGUAGUGGAGGUGCUCCCAGAACUUGCUCCUGCUUGCAUCUGACCUACAGCGUCUGCUGACCAGGAGAGCCCUCUAGUGUUCAAGAAGUGGAGUUGAAGGCCACAUUUUUGGAACAUUUUGGUGAAGGAGAUUAACUGGUGUACUGACAUUUCUGUUAGUCUUGUGCUCUAUGAAACAAGAAAGACUAGGGGUUACUACUGUAAUUCUACACAUAUUGUUCACCCAUCUUGGUGACAUUUGAAUUGUCAUGGGGUAUCUCUGUUUUUUAUGUUAAAUUAUCUAACAUGUUUCUACUUUGGUAUGGUUGAUUUUGUUUCACCAUUUUAUUUGUACUGUAAACAUCUGGAUGGGGGGACUGUGUCCAUUCCUUGACGUCCCAUAUAUUUAAAAUAAUAGAAAACUGACACUGUGGAAUUGGUGUUACAGCACCACUGUGUGUUUGUAGCUCAGUCCCUUUACAGAUACACCUCCAUUCACCUGGUUGUGAGUGAGGGUGACUGCAUUUAAAAUAUAAGUUAAAAUAUAAUUUGUUUUCUUCUUUUUCUUUCUAUGUUUUCUUUCCUUUGUUCCGAUUGUGGGUGUGUGUGCUUGUAUGACUGUCUAUGAAGUCAAAAGCGAUGAAUUUAUUUUUACCACUGAUUUUGUAUAUGUGCUGCCACUUAAGACGUCAUAGCUAUAGUAUGUAAACUAUGUAUGUAGUCAACUGUGUUAAGUUAUCUAUGUGUUGUUUUUAAGAUGGUAGAAUGUUGCUGUCGUAUUUAAGGCCAAAUAAAAAGUAUUUUUU